GGUUACUUUUGUAACUUGAUAGAAUUAGUUAGUACUAUUGAUUGAGGUUAUAGACGUAAUCUCUUAUAUAAUAUUAUAAAUAUUUCAAAUAUUUGUUUCUUAUAAGAAGUUAAUAUUGUCUGAAAAAGGAAUGUUUAGUUUCUUUGGAAUUUUUAUUUUCCUUAAAUUUAUGAUACAAGAAUCAUCGUUAAUAAAAACGGACUAUGAUAUGUUAAUAUUCACUCAGGCAUGGUCACCUACUUCGUGUUAUGAGUGGGAAAAAAAGUCACCAUCGCAUCAAUGCAAUCUACCACCUUAUGAAGAGUGGUAUAUUCAUGGAUUAUGGCCUACAAAAAAUGGUACAUUAGGUCCAUUUUUUUGUAACCGUUCACUACCUUUUGAUUUUAAUGCUUUACAUUCAAUAAGAGAACAGCUUGAAUUAAAAUGGAUAAAUAUAUACAAAGAUGAUAAGCCCUAUAGAUUGUGGCAACAUGAAUGGGAAAAACAUGGUACUUGUUCAGUUGACUUAAAAAGUUUAAAUACAGAAAAAAAAUAUUUCAAAAAAGGACUUGAAUUACUUAAUAAAUAUGAUAUGAAAUAUAUUUUUAACAAUGUUAAUAUACUACCAAAUCAAAAAUAUUUCUUACAAGAGUAUCUUGAUAGUAUUCAUAAAAUAUUGGGUAAAAAUGCUUAUCUUGAAUGCAUAACAAAUAAGAAGAGAAAUCAAAUUUACCUUUCUGAAAUACGAAUUUGUUUUAAUAAACUGUUCGAACUUGUAGAUUGCAAUGGUAUCAUUCAAUUUCCAAGUAAUUGUAAUAAAAAUGAUGAAAUUAUUUAUCCUGAUAGGGUUCCAAAUUUAAUGACUGAACCAUUAGUAGUCCAAUUAUAAAAUGUAAGGAAACUCCAAUACUUAUUCACUAUAAAUUUAUUUGUAUAAAUAUAAGAAUGUAUGAGGUCUGCAA